ACGAACUAAUCCAACAAAAUUAGCGGGCAGAAAUGGUUUUUAUUAUAUCCCCGAAAACCAUGACCACCAUCAAUCUUCCUCUCUACCUCAAACCCUCGCCUAAUUCUCACUUCCUCCGCCGCAAUUCACCUCCGAUAAGUCUCCGCCGCUCGUCGCUCACCGUGAGAAGUCAAGCGUUGGGAGAACCGCCGGAUUCCGCCGCCGUGUACCAAGGAGUCUACGGCCCAUGGAAAGUCGAUUCAGCCGACGUCCAGGAAGUGGUUCUCUACAGAUCAGGUCUCGUCACCGCCGCCUCGUCAUUUGUGAUUGCUUCUUCGACGGCGUUUCUGUACAGCACCGAUUCUGAAGUAAUGGAUUUGAUAAGAAGGAAUUUGGAUUUGUUUUAUGGAGUCGGAGCUUGUGGAUUGGGGGUUUCUCUGUUUCUGAUUCACAUUUAUGUUACUGAAAUUAAGCGCACGCUGCAGGGGCUGUGGCUAAUUGGUGGCCUUGGAUCUUUGGCUGCGUACGCCGCUUUGGCUCAACCGGCGGGUAAGGGUUUGGUGGAGUAUGUUGUUCUCAAUCCUGCUGCUGUUUGGUUAGUUGGCCCGCUAUUUGCUGCUUUAACUGGCCUUGUGUUCAAGGAAGGACUUUGCUAUGGGAAGCUGGAAGCUGGUAUAUUGACAUUUAUCAUUCCAUCGGUUCUGCUUGGGCAUCUGAGUGGUUUGAUGGAUGAAGGUACAAAACUGAGUUUGUUGGGUGUGUGGAUGGCGCUCUUUGUCGUGUUUGCCGGAAGAAAGUUCACUCAGCCUAUUAAGGAUGAUAUAGGAGACAAAUCGGUCUUCAUAUUCAAAGCAUUGCCUGAGAAGGAGAAAGCAGCACUGAUAGAAAAGCUUGAGCAGCAAAACUAUCCACAGAAUCGCAAUUAGGUAGAGGGGAAAACCUUCUAUUGAGUUAUUUUGUCAAUCACACACUUUUCAUUGUAGGUGAUAUUUAAAAAAAAUGCAGUGGUUUUAGUGCUUUGGAUUUGUUAUGGCUGCUGUUACACAUAAACGUAAACUCUACAAAAAAAAAGGUCACUCUUGUUGUGUAUUUAGCUUGUUCAUGUCAUCCUGUACAAUCUUAUUUUAGCAUAACAGCCUAAACUUGUACUGAUUCAUUUCA